AUGCCCCACACAAUUCGUCCAACUACGAAGCUGCAAGCAAAUCCACAGAAGCUGCAAGCAAAUCCACAGAAGCUGCAAGCAAAUCCACAGAAGCUGCAAGCAAAUCCACAGAAGCUGCAAGCAAAUCCACAGAAGCUGCAAGCAAAUCCACAGAAGCUGCAAGCAAAUCCACAGAAGCUGCAAGCAAAUCCACAGAAGCUGCAAGCAAAUCCACAGAAGCUGCAAGCAAAUCCACAGAAGCUGCAAGCAAAUCCACAGAAGCUGCAAGCAAAUCCACAGAAGCUGCAAGCAAAUCCACAGAAGCUGCAAGCAAAUCCACAGAAGCUGCAAGCAAAUCCACAGAAGCUGCAAGCAAAUCCACAGAAGCUGCAAGCAAAUCCACAGAAGCUGCAAGCAAAUCCACAGAAGCUGCAAGCAAAUCCACAGAAGCUGCAAGCAAAUCCACAGAAGCUGCAAGCAAAUCCACAGAAGCUGCAAGCAAAUCCACAGAAGCUGCAAGCAAAUCCACAGAAGCUGCAAGCAAAUCCACAGAAGCUGCAAGCAAAUCCACAGAAGCUGCAAGCAAAUCCACAGAAGCUGCAAGCAAAUCCACAGAAGCUGCAAGCAAAUCCACAGAAGCUGCAAGCAAAUAACGCAUCAAUAAUAAGAAUUUGUGUGUCCCACAUUGUAUUCAAGAGAGAGAGCGAGAGAGAGAGCGAGAGAGAGAGCGAGAGAGAGAGCGAGAGAGAGAGCGAGAGAGAGAGCGAGAGAGAGAGCGAGAGAGAGAGCGAGAGAGAGAGCGAGAGAGAGAGCGAGAGAGAGAGCGAGAGAGAGAGCGAGAGAGAGAGCGAGAGAGAGAGCGAGAGAGAGAGCGAGAGAGAGAGCGAGAGAGAGAGCGAGAGAGAGAGCGAGAGAGAGAGCGAGAGAGAGAGCGAGAGAGAGAGCGAGAGAGAGAGCGAGAGAGAGAGCGAGAGAGAGAGCGAGAGAGAGAGCGAGAGAGAGAGCGAGAGAGAGAGCGAGAGAGAGAGCGAGAGAGAGAGCGAGAGAGAGAGCGAGAGAGAGAGCGAGAGAGAGAGCGAGAGAGAGAGCGAGAGAGAGAGCGAGAGAGAGAGCGAGAGAGAGAGCGAGAGAGAGAGCGAGAGAGAGAGCGAGAGAGAGAGCGAGAGAGAGAGCGAGAGAGAGAGCGAGAGAGAGAGCGAGAGAGAGAGCGAGAGAGAGAGCGAGAGAGAGAGCGAGAGAGAGAGCGAGAGAGAGAGCGAGAGAGAGAGCGAGAGAGAGAGCGAGAGAGAGAGCGAGAGAGAGAGCGAGAGAGAGAGCGAGAGAGAGAGCGAGAGAGAGAGCGAGAGAGAGAGCGAGAGAGAGAGCGAGAGAGAGAGCGAGAGAGAGAGCGAGAGAGAGAGCGAGAGAGAGAGCGAGAGAGAGAGCGAGAGAGAGAGCGAGAGAGAGAGUUUCACGUGCCUAUAUAUGGCCAUCGGGAAGAUAAUAGAGGUGUACCACCAAAGCUUUAUGGACAUACUUUGA